GUCCAAUCACGAAAUCCCGUUUCCGCUGUUCUUUUUCUGUUCUUUCGAUCUCUCGCUUUCUCUCUUUCUUCUUCUCUUCUCUUCUUUUCCCUCACUUUCCUACCCGGCGCUCUCUACAGCAACCCCAUUUUCUUCGAGCCGUAUACAUGUGGUGACCCUAUUUCCUCCCCCUUCGUCCAUUUCUUUUUCGUCAAAGCACCACUUCGCCCCCGAUCAGGCCGGGGUGUUGUGGAAGGGGGUCGCAGCUCCCGAAGCUACAUCAAGCUACGUAAGUUACACACACAACAAGAGCUCGCGACCGACUCGACAAAAACAAGAAAAAUAUCGCCAUCAUGGAUUUGCGCACGAUUAUGAAUAACGAUGCCGCUGGCACCGCCGAAGUCCCAUCCUCUCAGUCGCCGUCGCAAGUGUCGCGUAAGCCUUCCGAUCCGAUCUAUGCUCCCCGCGACCAACGGACACCCUCCUAUCCAUCUGCCUAUCCGAGUCACCCACCGCAGCCUCCGCCCUUACAACGUUCUCAUGUCUCUCCGGAACGCUCUUCCUCCUAUGGUUCUCUACAGUCGCCGUACCAAUAUCAUCCAACCGCCGCGCAGAGUGCAGGCGCACAGUCUCAGCGCGGCCCCAGUCCUCCCCCUUAUGGUUCGCGUGACUCGUUCUCUACCUACGGUCAUCCCCAGCAGGUACAACAGCAGCAGCAGCAGUCGCCCUUCGCACCGCAGUAUUCGCAAUCUAUCCAGUCUGUCCUGACCCCCUCAUCCACCUUCACCUACUCAUUCUAUCCCAGGGAAAACCCGCCAGCGGCUGCUCCACAGUCUUACCCAUCGCAGCAAUUCUCCCCUCCAGCGCAAGGAUCAUUACCAGGUACACCGCGAGCUUCUGUUGCUGCAUCAUACUCUCGCCAGACGCCCCCAUCCGCACGUCCCCAGUCCUCCGGCCAUGAAUCCUUGUCAAAUCGUGCCUCCAGCCCGUGGGUUGGUCCGGAUGCCCAAGUUCACAUGUCCCCAACCGCGAUGACCCGAGUCUCGCGACAGGAUUCGAGAUCGCUCGAACAGACCCCGCGACAGGAUUCCUCGGUGACCGAGAGAAGGGACUCGGACGAGAGUGUGAGCCCGAAAACCGCCUUUCCUCCCGGUUCUCGGCAAGGAAGCACGGCCGGAUAUCCCGACCUGCCGUCCCCUGUUCAAGCGAGGCCUACUGAAAAUGGUGUCUCGUUGAAAGAGAGCCCGCCUAAUACCCACAAUUCUCAUCCGGUUUCGGUAGCGUCAAAUUUCACCAGCUCACCGCCCGCUCGAGCGUCGCUGACAAACGAUACACCGACCGUGGAUCAAACCCGUUCGUUGUCAACAAAGAUGGACUUGACUCCCGAUUCAAGGGUCAAUUCAAGUCCACAAGUACCCAGAGCGAAAAGGAGGCGUUAUGAAGAACCACCGAUUUAUGCUCGAAGAUCGGUGCGCACCAAAGGGAGGAUUCCGAUGAUCCCGACCCGUUGUUCACCGAUCCCGAAGCAUGCAAGAAAUUCAGAACAGAACCCGUUCGUGAUGCGCCAAAGAGCCCUCACAACAACUCAGGCUCCCGCUGCAGAACCCCCAGCCAAAAUCAAAAGUGAGACUCCGCCAGCCAAUGGUCCGCCGGCCCCCCGGCGCCCUCCAGAGCCGGCUCCAGCAGGAAGUUUAGGCCCGUGGGAACCCUCGAUUUCUGGAUUCAUCCCGCAUGAGGAAGUCACAAAAACGGUCUGCGAUUUCCUAUUCCAGCACGUGGUUCUGAGAAACGACGCAACUGCGGCUCCAGCGGGCACCUCAGCAGCCGGCCAGGGAGCAAUAAUCGAGGUGGAGGCCAAGCUUGGACAGCUGGUCGAUAUGGACAGGAGUGAGAGGCUUAACUUACCCAUAUUGACCGAAAGUAUUGUGAAUAAGGAAAGCCCCCGUUUUCGGACUGCAUUCGAGAGCACGAUGACAAUUGCACAACAUCGGGCAAUGAAUAAUUUUCUGAACGAAGCCGUAAAGGCGUCCAUGCCACAAGCUAAUCCAGGGCGCAUUCCGUUGUCUUACGCGCACAAAAAGGAGCGAGAUACCUUUUACGAAAUAUCGCCAUCUGAGCUUCCACCUGUCAUCAGACACAAUCUGAAUCCUCGCCACAAACCCAAGGUCCGAGUGACUGUUGAUCAACGCACGGGUGAAGUCCUUGCGAAGAUUGUGAAAUGCCGAAUUGCCGACCUUGACGUUUACAGCCCUCGCACAUGUGUUGAUUGGCGGAUUAGCGUUAACCUAGAAAUGAGCUACGAAGGUGACGUUAGCCACCUUCCUGUGGUCGAUACCGGUCGAGGACGCGGCAGAGAGCGAAACAAGGACCGUAUGAGCUACCGACACCUGGCUUACCAGAUCGACUUAACGCAAGUGGCCAAAUCAGAACCCUCGGCCAAAGGUGAAUUUGAGCAUGAACUCGAAGUUGAAAUCUCUGCUGCUGAGAUCCGCCGCCAGGGUCAGCUCGCAAUGGCUGGAGACCCUAACCACCAGUACGAAGAGCUUAUCAAGGGAUUUGUGGAUAAUAUCCGCGUUCUAGCGCGCGCAGUACCCCCAUGAACUGAAUUGCUGCCCCUUUCGGGAGCUAGCAAUUCUAAUUUAUAUUCACCAUUUUACCGUGGAAUGAUUUCUUCCACACGUGUUAUAGAACGGACGAUGGCCCUGAAGCAGAUCCCCAGAAGAAUAAAUGGAUCUACGAGAGCUAUAUAUCAAAAGUCAAGCUGCUAAGUUGCAUUUCUCUGCCCGAUUGAUAUACUUACCCAUAUGUUUCAAUAACUGUCAACUGUCAACUACAUAUCCUUUGCGUGGAAAGAGAUGAUGAAUGAUGCCUCACGCCCCUUCUUGCUUCCCCCUCCCUCUUUUCCGCCCCCUCCUGGUCUAUCCACCUGUUCGAAGUUCAGAGGAAUUUCUCAUGGUUAGAGAUGUGUUUUUGUCUUCUCUUCCUCAUUCACCUACCCUUCUUGUCACAUUAUUUUACGACUUGUAUAAUUUUAUAUGAACACAGUUACCCUUGUAUCAAAUAGUGAAAGUGUUAACAUGUUCACAGCUACUUUUAAGA